GGCGCGAAGUUCAGUGGUUGAGUUAGCAAACAAAAUGGCGUCACAGCCAACAAGUGCAGUAAGAUUAUCUGACAGGACGGAGAGACUACCCACUCCUCUAAGGAAAGAAGACCUCAGAUGACUGACUUUCCUGUGGAUCACGGCGUCCUCUCUGGGCUCGAUCACACCAGUGUGGAUGGGAGGAGGAGGGUGAGGUUUGGGGUGGGGAGGCGAUGGGAGGUGGGAGAGUAGAGUGGGUGAGGUUUGCCGUCCUCCUGUCACCCUCAGAGGGAGCCCCUCCCUGAGUUCCUGCCCAGCCUGAAGGGAAAGUCCAGCUCACUUCAACCUGAGAGACUCACUGAGAGUAGCUGUUCGCUCCACUGCUCGUCUUGAUCAUCCUCACCCCCAGCAGUACCAUCUUCAUCUCCGUCCCCAUCUCCACCUCCUUCAGCUCUUCUCCCAUGGCUGCCGCCUCCAACUCCUCGCAGAAGGUAAAGAACAUGGUGAUCGCCCUGCUGGCGCUCUGGUCCAUCAUCUCGCUCAUCAUCAUCGUGGUGUGGGCGACGUCUCCAGACCUGAAGAGCUCGGCUCAGUGCCGCGCCGAGCUGCAGGAGGUGACGGAGAAGAUGGAGGGGGCCAAGGUGGUGUAUAACAAGAACAAAGUGGCUCUGGAGGAGAUGGUGGAGGCAGAGCGGGAGGAGCGGGUUCGUCAUAAAGCUGAGAUCCUGGUGCUGCUGGAACGCCUCAACACCACCAACGCCACGCUGGAGGAGUGCCAGCAGGAGAAUGUCAUCCUGAACGGGAACAUCAGCGUCCUGCAGGAGAAGAUCGAGCAGCUCCGUCAGACGGAGGCGAACCUCACGGCUCAGCUCAGCCUGCAGGAAGAUCAAAUCGAGGCCCUGCAGCAGAACGUGACCCAGACGGUCCUAGAGACCAUGUCCUGCUACAAUCUGAACACUGCUGCUAAGAGUCACAUGCUGGCCGCUGAGAACCAAAUCAAAGCUUGCGAGGUGGGACGGCAGUACCUGCAGAAACAGCUUCAGAAGUGUAAAGAAGUGGAAUCUGAAGCUCCAUCACAGCUGCAGCCGCAGGCGGCCACGACCCGCCCCUCCUCCCCCGCUGUCACCGCCUCACCCCUCGCUGGUAUUCCUGUGCUGACGCUGCUCGUCUUCAGCGCUCUGCAUCUGAUAACUUGAUUUUGGCGAGGUGUCCACUUGUCAAGCGACGGCAAGCACUGUGUUCCAGGACGGGCGGAGCCUGGAUGGACCGAAUGACUGCUGUACAAACUUCCUGUCUACACAACAAGCAGAUCACCAUGGAGACGCUGACCCGUCUGCGCUGUUAUAGAAUGAAUGAUUGGACACAAACUUUGCUGAGACGUUCACCGACUGAUUACAGACUGCUGCUUCACCACUGUUUUCUGUUUUAAAGCUUUACAGAGACCAACGUUCUUCCUGAAGCUGAACUUUGUGCUGCUGCUUUGUCACACUGCAGCCUGUUUUAACAUUCAGGUUACAAAUCAUUGGUCAGUUUUUAGAUCGAUUUGCUUUCAGACAGCCGUUACUUUCAUUUUGUUGUCAUGAAAAUCUACACCCAAAGUGACAGAAAUAAUCCGUUAGAGCUGGAACAUUCAGGGAAAUUAGAAAUUUGAGAAUUGGCUGCUGAGUAGAGAAACAAAGUGAUGUCAGGGAGACUCUUAAAGUGACAUCAAAGAAGAGCAGUGAAAACAUGGCAUGAUUUUACAAAAUAAACGUCCACAACGAUUAUUUGAUAUUUAACAUUUUUUGUCAUUUUUGUCAUUUGACGCAUUAAUUCAGAAACUCUGCAAAUUCUGCUGUAAUUUGUUUCAUCUUGGUUUCCUGGUUUUGAUUUUCGAACAGGAGAGCGUUGUGUUCACUGGUCUGUCAUCUGCCUUGGUGUUUAAUCACAGACCCAAGGGAUUUAUUCUUUGACGUGGGCUGUGAUGGAUUCUCUCCCUGCAGGAAGUGAUUGAUUAAAACCAAUCAAAUCGAUCUAAGAACUGAUUUAUUGUGAAAGCUAUUGCCCUGUUUAUAUCUGACUCUAACAUCUGGUCUGAAUCAGGAUUAAAGAUGGAACAUGAGUUGUCGUGAGGUGCAAGGACAUCCCAGCAUGCACUUGGCUCAGCAGCCCCACCUACAGUCUGUGUGCAGACUAACAACCAACACGGCUGAUAGUCACUGAUUUUCUUCCUUACUGUUCCUUACCUGUAAAACAGUAAACUAUGAGUAUCAGCAGAUACUGAUCAGUGAUCUAUGAUUUAAUCUUUAAUUAGAUAACAAUAGACAUCAUUAUCAUGAACAGCUGAUCCAGAGUCAGAUCUAAACGGGGUCAAAGUUUCUGUUUGUUGUUUCACCGUAUCCUUUUUAUGAAGCUUGAAGCUCCUGCAGCUGACCAACGACUUGACUUUUAGAAGCUUUUAUCUAAUUUGAAGGGUGAGUGGGUGGGAUGGGUUGGAGGGGUUUCGUAAUGUGGGG